AUGGUUGGACCAGUGACAAACGAAGAUUUAUCUAUAAGUCCUAAUACAGAUAAUAUUCAACAACAACAACAUUAUCGUCUUCAAUUACUUGCUCAAGCUAUUGAAAAAGUUGAAAACGAAAGUUUACAAAAUACUCUUGCUGUUUCAUCAUCACCAAUUACUUCCAAAAAACAACAACAACAAUCAAUUCCAAUCGAUUCUCUUUCCAUGCCAUCUUCACAACAACAACAACAAGAAUUAUUAAUAAAAUUACUUACUCAACAGAAUGUUGCAGCAGUUAUGGCUGCAGCAGCUGCUGCUCAACUUCAAGUUCAACAACAACAACAACAACAACAACAAAAAAUUGAGCCAAUAUCACCACCAUCAACAUCAUCAGCAUCAUCAACAUCAGAAAGUCCAAUAGAUUUUUCUUCACAUCGUUCAAUUGAUGAUAAUAAUGAUUGUUCAACUCCAUCAUCACCAUUACCAAAUCAACAACAACUUCUUUCAACUAUGUUACAAAAUCUUCAAUCAACAUCACCAACAUCAUCAUUUCCAUUUUUAUUAACAAAUAAAAAUGGUAAACCAACACGACCAUUUAAAGCAUAUCCACGUGAACCAUUAAUGUUACCACUUGGAUUUUGUCCUACGACAGCAACAGAACAAACAAAUAUUCUUGCUGAAGCAGCAAGUCGUACAACAUCAAAUCGUAAACGUCUAGCUCAAACACAAGAACGUCUUAAACAACGUUUACAACAACAACAGCAACAACAACAACAAUCAUAUUUUAUUUCAUCAUCUGGUACACAAAUCUUACAACCACCAAAAAAACGACAUCGAACUAUGGAAACAACAUCAACAAGUGAAGAUAAUACAACAACAACAACAACAACAACAACUGAAAAUAACAAUAAUAAUUCAUCAACUAAUAAUGAUGAUCCAAAUAAUACAAUUAAAGAUGAUGCUUAUUGGGAGCGAAGAAGAAAAAAUAAUGAAGCUGCCAAACGUAGUCGAGAUGCACGACGAGCUAAAGAAGAUGAAAUUGCUAUACGAGCGGCUAUUCUCGAACAAGAAAAUAUUAAAUUACGUCUUGAAGUAUCUCAAUUAAAACAAGAAACAGCUAAAUUACGAUGUAUGAUUCCAUCGAUCGCAUUUCGGCUUGAUAUAUCAGCCGAUAUAGCUGAUCAUAUGGAGCAAAAUGAAGAAAAUAUAAAUAAAAAUCAACAAGAAUUAUUUUUAAAAUAUUUUAUUGAAGCAAUUCAAAAACAACAACAACAACAACAAGUUGGAUCUAUUGAUUUUUCGACAAGAAUAAAUCAAUAUAAUAAAUUAAUACGUCCAUUUAGUUCUUAUUCAUUAACAGAUAAUCAUUUAAAUUCAAAUGAAAAUAUUUUACAACAAUUUUAUAAACAUUUACUAAAAAAUGUUAAUCAACAAGAUCAAUAUGUUAGUUCAAUAUCAACAAAUUCUAUUUCAAUAAAGAAAGAUUAUAAAUCAAAUACAUCAUUACCGUCUCCUAAGAAUCAAGAUGAUGUUUAUUGGGAACGACGAAAAAAAAAUAAUGAAGCUGCUAAACGUAGUCGUGAUGCACGACGUGCUAAAGAAGAUGAAAUUGCUUUACGAGCUGCUUGGCUUGAACAAGAAAAUGUUAAACUUCGACUUGAAAAUGCACAUUUAAAACAAGAAAAUAUUCAACUUCGUUGUCAAAUUUAUCGUUCAAAUAAAUCAUAA